AUGCGCCGCGCCGCRCCUCCCUCGCCGCUGACGCCUGUUGCCACGGCGACGCCCAGAGCCAGACACCUAAACCCGUUCUGCUUCUGGCUGCUGCUGCUGCUGGAUCAUGUGAACCCAUCUUCAACAAACCUUUGUUUAUUUUCAGAAAUUGGCUGGAAGGUGAAGGCCAACGACAGAGCGUACCACCAGCUGCCCGAGUUCAAAAAGAAGGUCUUCCUGUGCAUCAAGAAGAGCCGAUACUCUGGAAACGCCAUCAAGACGUACAAAUACAACGUCAUCACCUUCCUGCCCCUGAACCUGUAUGAGCAGUUUAAGAGGGUGGCCAACGUUUACUUCCUGGCUCUGCUCAUCCUGCAGAUCAUCCCAGACAUCUCCACGCUCCCCUGGUACACCACUCUGAUUCCUCUGGUCAUCGUUUUGGGAAUCACUGCGAUCAAAGACCUGAUAGACGACCUGGCGCGUCACAGGAUGGACAAGGAAGUCAACAACAGGAAGUGUGAAGUUUUGCUGGAUGGACGGUUUAAGGAAUCGAAGUGGAUGGACAUCCAGGUGGGCGACGUCGUCCGCAUGAAGAAAAACGACUUCAUUCCGGCCGACAUCCUGCUGCUGUCCAGCUCCGAGCCGAACAGCUUGUGUUACGUAGAAACCGCCGAGCUUGAUGGAGAAACCAACCUGAAGUUUAAGAUGGGGCUCAGAGUGACGGACCAGAGGCUGCAGGAGGAGCGAGAUCUGGCCCAGUUCAACGCUCUGAUCGAAUGUGAGGAACCAAACAACCGACUGGACAAGUUUACGGGGACGAUGCUGUGGGACGGCGAGCGUUUCCCUCUGGAGCUGGACAACAUGCUGCUGCGAGGAUGCAAAAUCCGAAACACCGACUACUGCCACGGCCUGGUCAUCUUCGCAGGAAACGAUACCAAGAUCAUGAGGAACGGAGGCAAAACGAGGUUCAAGAGAACCAAGAUAGACGAGCUGAUGAACAACAUGGUUUACACGAUCUUCGCUCUGCUCAUCCUGGURUCGGCCGGACUCGCCAUCGGUCACUCCUUCUGGUACCAGAACAUCGGRACCAACUCCUGGUACCUGAACGACGGCAAAACCCAAACCGUCGCCUACAGAGGCUUCCUCAGCUUCUGGGGCUACAUCAUCGUCCUCAACACCAUGGUGCCCAUUUCCCUCUACGUCAGUGUGGAGGUGAUUCGUCUGGGCCAGAGUAAAUUCAUCAACUGGGACCUGCAGAUGUAUUAUUCAGAGAAAGACACACCAGCUAAGGCCCGAACGACGACCCUGAACGAGCAGCUGGGGCAGAUCCAGUACAUCUUCUCCGACAAAACGGGAACUUUGACGCAGAACGUCAUGCAGUUCAAGAAGUGCACCAUCGCCGGGCGGAGUUACGGAGGCCCAACCACGUCUGAAGGAGUUGCUCUGGACAAAAUAAAGCCGGUGGACUGGACCUGGAACCGCCACGCUGACAGGAAGUUCCAGUUUAUUGACCACUUCCUGGUCGCCAACAUCAAAUCCAAGAAGGACAAAGACGCUCUGGAGUUUUUCAAGCUUCUCUCGCUGUGCCACACGGUCAUGGUGGAGAGCAACGAGGGAGGCGAGCUGGUGUAUCAGGCCGCGUCUCCUGAUGAGGGCGCUCUCGUGACGGCAGCCAGGAACUUUGGCUUCGUGUUUCUGUCGCGCACCCAGGACACCAUCACCAUCUCUGAGAUGGGCCAGGAGGCGACCUACGAGAUGCUGGCCCUGCUGGACUUCAACUCAGACCGCAAGCGCAUGUCGAUCAUCYUGAAGUUUCCCGACGGACGGAUUCGUCUGUACUGCAAAGGAGCCGAUACGGUCAUCUAUGAGCGGCUGUCCUCAAACACCCGACACAAGGAAUCCACCCAGACCGCUUUGGACAUCUUUGCCAAUGAGACGUUGAGGACGCUCUGCCUGUGCUACAAGGACAUCAGCGCCAGCGAGUUUGAGGCUUGGUCCCGCAGACACAAAGAGGCCCAGCUGGACAUGGUGGACAGAGAAACCGCCCUGGACAGAGUCUAUGAGGACAUCGAGAAGGACCUGAUGAUGAUUGGAGCAACAGCCAUUGAGGAUAAACUUCAGGAUGGCGUUCCAGAGACCAUCGCCAACCUGGCCAAAGCUGGCAUCAAAAUCUGGGUCCUGACCGGCGAUAAGAAAGAAACGGCAGAAAACAUCGGAUUCUCAUGUCAGCUGCUGACGGACAAGAUGCAGAUCCACUAUGGAGAGGACGUCAACGGUAAGCUGCUGGCCCGUCAAGCCGCCAGGAGAAAUGAAGGUCCGAAUUCACUUCGCCUUGGCAAAAAGAAACCCGAUGAACCUUUCUUCCCUGGAACCAACAACAACGCUCUGAUCAUCACCGGAGGAUGGCUGAACGAGAUUCUUUAUGAGAAGAAGAAGAAACGCCGCCGGCUGCGUCUCCGCCGCUUGGGAAGGAGACAAACUCCGGGCAACCCCCAGGACCCGAUGAACGACCAGGAGAAGGAAAUGAGACAAGUGGACUUCGUGAACAUGGCCUGCGAGUGCGAGGCGGUGAUCUGCUGCCGCGUCACGCCCAAGCAGAAGGCCAACGUCGUGAGUCUGGUGAAGAAGUACAAGAAGGCCGUGACCCUGUCCAUCGGAGACGGAGCCAACGACGUCAACAUGAUCAAAACCGCCGACAUCGGGGUGGGCAUCAGCGGUCAGGAGGGGAUGCAGGCCGUCAUGUCCAGCGACUACGCCUUCGCCCAGUUCUCCUACCUGCAGCGCCUCCUGCUGGUGCACGGCCGCUGGUCCUACAUCAGGAUGUGCAAGUUCCUCCGUUUCUUCUUCUUCAAGAACUUCGCCUUCACUCUGGUCCAUUUCUGGUUCUCCUUUUUCAACGGAUACUCCUCUCAGACGGCCUAUGAAGACUGGUUCAUCACGCUCUACAACCUGGCCUACAGCAGCCUGCCGGUCCUGCUGGUCGGACUCCUGGAUCAGGACGUGAACGACGAGCUCAGCCUGAAGGUCCCAACGCUGUACCUGCCCGGCCAGCAGGGGACGCUGUUCAACUACAAGAACUUCUUCAUCAGCCUGUUCCACGGCAUCUUCGUGUCGCUCGCCAUCUUCUUCAUCCCGUACGGAGCGUUCCUGCAGACCAUGGGGCAGGACGGCGAGGCGCCCUCCGACUACCAGUCCUUCGCCGUGGUUACGGCCUCGUCGCUCGUCUUCAUCGUCAACCUGCAGAUCUCUCUGGACACGUCGUACUGGACCUUCGUCAGCUGCUUCGCCGUUCUGGGCAGCAUCGCCAUUUACUUCGGCAUCAUGUUUGACAUCCACAGCGCCGGGAUCCACGUCAUCUUCCCCUCCGUCUUCACCUUCACAGGCGCGGCGCCCAACGCCCUGCGGCAGCCCUACCUGUGGCUGACCAUCAUCCUGACGGUGGGGAUCAGCCUGCUGCCCGUCAUCUGCAUCCAGUUCCUCCAUAAAACCAUCUGGCCGUCUGUGGGAGACAAGGUGAGACAACCUGAGUGA